CUUAUGCUGACAACUUAACAGUUAGCAUAGGCUCUCUAUUGGACUGGCUUACUUUAAAACAAACAUUUAAACUAUACAAAGCAGCAUUUAACGCAAAAAUCAAUAGAACUAAAACGAAACUGGUCCCUCUUACAGACAUUGCACAGAGUGGAGCUCCUAGAUGA